AUGAAUCGGUAUACUUACUACAACAGCGAUCUUGACGCAUUUGAACUCUACCACCUCGAGGCAGAAGAACUUCUCAAAACACCCUCGAAACCCCGAAUCCAACCUCCAGACGAAUACAACGCCAUAAUAGCUGGUCUCUCCGGUGCGGUUGGCACUUCGAUAUCAAAUAUUGUGGUAUAUCCAAUCGACCUGAUAGUAAAAAGAUUACAAGUCCAACGUGCGAUUCAAUCCCGAAGAACCUCGGACGGUGGUGAUAAAAAUGAAAAGGGAGAUGAUGAAUUGUAUAAAGAUUUUCUCGAUGCCGCGAAGAGGAUAUAUAAUGAAGAAGGUGGAGUGAAGGCCUUUUAUGAAGGAUGUUUGCAGGAUACGGCAAAUAGUAUGGGGUCGGCGUUUAUAUAUUUUCUAUCUUAUAACUUUAUGCGACAAAGACGUCUUCAGGCGAAUACCCUUCCAUCCGGGAAGACUCCCAAAACACUUGGAGUCUUCGAAGAACUCUCAAUAGGCGUCCUAUGCGGUGCAAUCGCAAAGUUCUUCACCGCGCCAAUUGCAAAUGUUGUAACCAGAAAACAAACGGCCGCUCUCCGACGACAAGCCGGUCAAAAAUUACCAGAGAAAACAGAUGCAAACACAAUUAUAAAACAAAUAUACGCAGAAAAGGGCAUUCGAGGUUUUUGGUCGGGUUACGAUGCUACAUUAAUAUUAACACUGAACCCGGCCAUUACCUUCUUCCUCUACGAAACAUUAAAAUCCUUGUUACCGAGAAAGUACAGAGAAAAGCCGACUGGAGGGCAGACAUUCUUACUAGCUGCGAUUUCAAAGGCAGUGGCUAGUUCGAUUAUGUAUCCCAUAUCCAUGGCUAAGGCGAGAUCGCAAGUCAGAAAAAAGGACAAAGCGAGUGGGAGAUUUCUAGUAUUAGAAGUUUUGAAGGAGGCAUAUAAGACUGGUGGAGUGAUGGGGAUGUAUGAAGGCGUAUGGGGCGAGAUCUUCAAGGGCUUCUUUUCAAACGGAAUCACAAUGCUUAUCAAAGAAGCCUUACAUCGACAAAUCCUAUCAUUCUAUAUCCUUAUCGUACGGCUACGGCAAAAGAAUAAAACGUUGUCAGGCGCAGUCACCGAUGCUAGCCAGACUGCUCACGAGGCUUAUCAGAAGAAUGAAGCGAUCCAAAAUAUCGCAGCGGAAUCCCAACAAACGCUUGAUGCCGCGAAAGAACAUAUUGAGAACAUCGCAAAAACAGGAGUAGAGAAAGUUAGUGAUAUCGUCACAGAUGCGAGUCGAAGGGGACGGGAGCAGCUUAUAUUUGAUCCGGAAACACCACAUAUUGGGGACGUCAGUGGCGAGGUCGGAGGAAUUGAUUGGGAGGAUGCUACUCCAAACCAGAACGAAGAGGUUAAGAGUAGGAUUUUGGGGAUCCUUUGGGGGGAUAAGAAAUAG